AUGGAAGAGUAUACUCUUAAUAAGAAGAAGGGUAACAAGCGAGCCCGAGAUGACUCCGCGUUUGACUCGGUUGCUCCCGAGUCCAGGCGAGUUAACUCUGACCGAGUCGAGGAUGACACUGUGUCCGACUUGUCGGGUGUGGACUUGGGUUCGCCGGCGAUGAAGCAUAUCAGGGAAGACAUAUUGGAGAUCCUGGAUGAGUCGGAGAUCCUGAGUGAUCGUUCCGGCGAGUCCCAAUUGGAGCUGGGCUACCUUCUAGAAGCUUCGGACAACGACCUCGGCCUUCCACCGACAGUGUCCCCCGCCAAGGACGGAGAAAGCACCGAUGCGGCUGAGUUUCCGGCAACCGGCGGCGGUGUUGAGAAUAUUUUAGAGUUCGGAGAAUGCGAUUUUGUGACCGUUGGUGGGCUGUUCGAUUUUCCUGAAGCGUCCGGUAUGCCGGAGUUCCUGUGGCGGCCGGAAUCUUUGCCUGCUUCAUAG